AUGAGUCCUACACGACGAGAAUCAGGAACGGAUAUAACAUCUUCCAGUCAAAAUGAUGAACAACAACCAUUUAAUCCUCCAACAAAUUCAAUAAGUGCAUCAACAUCACGUAUCGAUCGUCGAAAGUCUUCUAUAGCCGCGAUAUUUGAUGAUAACCAUCGUCGUGGAGAAAAUUUUAUCAAACAAACUCGAACGAGUAUUCGUCGUUUAUGGGAUAAAUACGAUGUACCCUACGUAAUUGGUGAAGAAAUCGACAAUGAAAAUACUACAUUCUGUGAAACAACGUUGUUUAUAUGUUCAUGGUGUAUUUUGAUUCUCUUCUUUCCAUUUUCUUUGUUUCUCACACUUAAAAUUGUUAAAGAAUAUGAACGUGCUGUUAUAUUUCGUUUGGGUCGUUUAAAGCAUGCAUCAGCUCAUGGACCUGGUAUGUGUUUUAUUUUACCAUGUAUUGAUACGGUGCAUCUUGUUGAUAUCCGUACGGUGUCAUUCGACGUCCCACCACAAGAAGUGUUAACGCGCGACAGUGUAACAGUUGCUGUCGAUGCUGUUGUCUAUUAUCGUAUUUUUAAUCCAACCGUUUCUAUUGCUAACGUCGAAAAUGCUCAAGAUUCAACACAUCUAUUAGCUCAAACAUCAUUACGAAAUGUUCUUGGUACACGCUUAUUGUCGGAAUUACUAUGUGAUCGGGGCGCUGUAUCGAAUUUAAUGCGUGAAUGUUUAGAUGAUGCAACCGAAUGUUGGGGUAUUAAAGUUGAAAGAGUUGAAAUUAAAGAUGUUCGUUUACCAAAAAGUCUUCAACGCAUUAUGGCUGCCGAAGCCGAGGCAGCACGUGAAGCAAGAGCAAAAAUUAUUGUAAGUGAAGGAGAAUUCAAAUCGUCACGCGCACUAAAAGAUGCGGCUGAUAUUCUUGCUCAGUCGCCAUGCGCUAUGCAGUUACGUUAUUUGCAAACGUUGAGUAGUAUUGCAACAGAACAAAAUUCGACAAUCAUUUUUCCAAUACCGGUUGAUUUAUUUUCAGUGUUUCAAAAAAAUCUUUCAAAUAUACUAGAAAAGCCGAUCAAUCCAUUUGUAUCGACACUAAUCAGCCCAGAUGAUGCGAAUGUGAAAUUAACAGGAAAAUCAACAUCAACAGAUAUUUAA